AUUCGGGGGCGUGGCUGGUUACAUCUGGUAGAAGCCCAUCAUUAAAUAUUGAUAGUACUGCAUGUAUCAAGCUAUAGCUAGCUAGGUUGAUCACAGACACCACUGUACAGGGACUAGGGACUAGGGGGACAUCAAGACACCUUGUGGGAACAGCCAUUACUUAGUUUCCGUCAGUAUGACGUCCAAGUUGACCUCUGACCUCUGUAAGCCCCUCCCCCUUGUGCUCAUCGACCAAUCACGUAUCUCGAUGCUCGACUACUUUAUUCAGUUCAUGGAAGGAGAGGAAGCCAUUCAUCUGGUACAGUUUUGGUUGUCCGUAGAAGCCUUCAAGGCAACCCCUCGUCGUCCCUGUGACCCUGUGACUAGUGUGCCCUGUGUGGGUGGAAACUGUGAGGGUGUGGGCGGAGACUGUGAGGGUGUGGGCGGAGACUGUGAGGGUGUGAGGACACUAGACAACCCCACAAGAGGUGCCAGUGAUCAGGCAGAACAUACUACAACCGUCUCUUUGGGUAAUGGAGUAUCACCACUUGUGUUGUGCCCUGAACAAAGUAUGGCCGAUAAUCACAUGACUGUCACACGACCUGGUAUCAUAGCAACCAGUCUUAGUAAACAAGUCAGCUUGUCUGUGGCAACAGAUGCUAUGGAGAUAUAUACUACGUACAUAGCUCUGAAUGCACUGAGCCCUGUGGACGUACCAGCAGGCAUCAGACAGAAGAUUGAAGUCAACAUAUGCCCCGAGGAUGGCAUCGUACAUGGCCAGUGUUUCAGGGAGGCGCAGGACUUUGUCUACCACACACUAGAGUCACGCUACUAUCCUGAGUUCCUGAGGAGCGCUCACUUGUGUCGCUAUCAGCUAGAGUACAUCUCCAGUGGGCAGCUGGGUCUCCUCGACUUUCUCCUAGCAGAUAAUGCCCUCUUCUACUUCAUGGAGUACAUGGAGGUGGAGGGUGCCUCUUCUCUGGUCCAGUUCUGGCUAAUGGCGGACAGUUUCCACCGCCAGCUCACCCAGCCUCAGUACACUCCUGAUGUUGAUGUAGAUACCAGAGAUGCUAUAGCUAUAUAUGACAGGUUCUUCUCCCUGCAAGCAACUGAGCCACUGGGCCUGGGCGACGGUGUGAGGAUGGAUAUUGAGAACAGGAUAUGCAGUGAGCACGGGCCUAGUAGUGACUCCUACACUUCAGCACAGGAGAGGGCCUAUCAAGCCAUGAGUCAGACACACUACCCUGACUUUCUGAGGAGCUCUAUCUACCUUCGAUUCCUGAAUGAGCUGGUGCACAUGCUCAAUGCUGCAUCCCUAGACUCCCCUAAGCCACACACAGCAACACAUAGACACCUAGUAUCACAUGCAGACUGGAGGGGGGAUAUAGAUGACCCGGAUACAAUAUGGCAGAGACAGCACUUACCGUUGAGGCUUGGCUUUGUAGAUCAGUUUGGAAUGUACGUAUCAGAAGUGGAACCUAUCAGUAAAGAUGAGCCUGGUCUCUUUGCUUGGAUCGUACGUCGGCGAGAGCAAGAAGAGGAGCUGACUGUGAAGAUAGCUGUCAACAUUGUGUCUGAAGUUAUGGAGUGUGUCAAGCUCGGGACGAAUUUAAUCACAUUACAUAGCUAGCAUUUGAUAUAAUUAUAAUUAUCAUUAUUGGGUCGUCAGUUAUAAUUAAUUUUUAUGUCUUAUUAUUAUGUAUGUGAUCAUGGCUUAGAGUUAAAUUUUUUUUAUAUAUAAGUGUCUUGUGCAGUGAAUUCUCAGAUCUUAUUACUUCCAUG